AUCACAAUUGUGGAGCGCUUGUUGGGCAAAAUGCACAAAUUUCGUGGCGGACGUACAAAAAAUCACAAUCAAGGGAGGCGAUCACGGCCUGCAACAAGGGAGGAUCGCCAUUUGGCAGAAACACUCUCAGAGCUCGCGGUGAGAAGCGAUGACGACGACGACGACGACGAUUCCGGUUCAGAGGCCGCUAGCGGAACGGAGUCCGGUGAUGAGCAGAAAAGGAAUAAAUUCGAAUUCGUUGGCAAACCUCCAAAGUUCCCCGUCAGCAUGUGGGACUUGAAGCACUGUGACCCAAAAAAAUGUUCCGGCAGGAAGUUGGCCCGACACGGGCUGAUAAAAAGUUUACGUCUAGGUCAAAAGUUUCCAGGCCUUGUGCUAACACCGGUGGGCGUGAACUGUGUCAGUCCACUCGACAGGGAAAUUAUCAAAACUGCCGGGAUAGCCGUCGUCGACUGUUCGUGGGCAAGGCUCGAUGAAACACCGUUCCACAAAAUGCGAUCACCAAAUCCGCGACUACUACCGUUCUUAGUGGCCGCAAAUCCCAUCAACUAUGGGAAACCGUGCAAGUUGUCGUGCGUAGAGGCGAUUGCGGCAUCCAUGUAUAUCACCGGUUUCAAAAAGGAGGCACUGUGGUAUCUUAACAAAUUCUCGUGGGGGCACGCAUUCGUGGAGUUGAAUCAAGAGCUACUGGAUGCGUACGCGGAAUGUGCGAAUAGUAAAGAAAUUCUAGAGGCGCAGCAAAAGUACCUCGAGGCAGAAACCACCGUACAGUGUGAUCGCAGCUUCCCCAGCAGCGAAUCGUCGGAAGAAACAGAAAAUACGGACAGUGAUGAUGAAGUAAACGAAGACAUCGACAAAACACUAGAAGAAACCGAAACUGGGUCGAAAUCCGAUGAAGCUUUAAUAAAGACAUGA